AAAGAGAAAGAGAAACGGGGGUGUUACGGGCAGCAGUGGAAGUGAAGAGGCCAUCCCGUCAGUGAUGGACACUCCUGUGGCUGCGGACAAGUUCUGACGAGCUGAACCUCUGCAGAGCCAAUUUUAUUUUUUAUUAUCUUUUGAAUAAUUAGUGCGGGAGACAGGAGGCGGGAGGAGAUGCGGUGAUAUCAUGAGCAGAGCCGGCCAGGGAGACAGAAAGAGAGACAGAGAAGAAGAGAAGGAGGGAGGAAGAGGGCGCACGGGGAGGAGAGGCGGGGAGUCGGCUGCCACCAGGCCAGCUGAGGAUGCUUGUUGUUUCCACAAACGGGAUUAAUCACCGGGCCGAGCGCUGAUCCUCCUGCCGCACAUCGAGCACCUCUCCUGGCUGCAGCUGUCCCGGCCGAGGGCGCGUUCCGUCUGCGUGUCUGGGGCCGGUCUGCCGGAGGCUGUUUGCCUUUUUACAUGCUCUCCCCCCUCUUCCUCUAUUUCCUGAUGCAGGGCCGGGGAGGGGUGAGCCAAAGUGUGCACCGGAUAUUGGAAAACCCAUUCUUCUUGCUGAUGCUGUUGUGAUAAUAGAUUAUUAUCUGGACAACGACGCAUCUGCACAGAAAGGCAGAUCCUGAGCGAAGCAGGCCUGGCUUUGAGGAGCGAGGAGAUGGGGAAUGUUUGAGCCUGGGAGGAUGAUGGAAACAUUUUUGGACGGCAGCAGCAGCAGAGAGGAGGGGGGUCCCUGAUAUCGAUCAGAGAAUGGAUUCAAUCAGGGCAUUCUGACUUGGGAUAUUUGAGACUCAGCUCUUACAGAAAUCAAUCCGUGGCAAAUGUAGCCUUCCUGCCCGGGUCUGAAUGAGAUCUUUCUUUUCUGCUCCACUUUUGGCCAGCUGCAUAAGCUACACGGGAUCAAUCAGCUUUAAACGACUGUUAUUUAUAGCAGGGGGUGGGUUGGAUGUGACUGUAUCUCCCAUCACUGGCACCGGUCAAACCUCACGCGUCCUCCUCGCUCUCAUCUUUUCUGCCUUCCCUCUGAGUGAUGCUGCUUUCUGUGCUGUGCUGACAGAGACACACGCCGGGACAGACUUUAUUCUAGGCCUUACAGAGUGGAAACUGGGCCGGUUCUCACUCCCAGCACGGACCUGGCCGCAUGACAAACAAGUGCAUGGGAGUAGCCUGCAGGGCCCGGCUUUAGAUCACGACCAGUCCUCCGCACCUCUCCUCUCCUCUCCGCCGCCUGUGAUGUGCGUUACGGCAUUACGCACGGAGCAGGAGCCACCGCGAUCUUGAUCUGCCUUAUAUCAGGAAGAGAAUUUCACCUCGGGAAGGAUGAGCAGCAAGGAGCUGACGGUGGGCCAGUCCAGCCAGUAUGUGGGGCCUUACCGGCUGGAGAAGACCCUCGGGAAGGGACAGACAGGACUGGUGAAGUUGGGCGUCCACUGUAUAACAGGACAGAAGGUGGCCAUAAAGAUUGUCAACAGAGAGAAACUCUCUGAAUCCGUUCUAAUGAAGGUGGAGAGAGAAAUAGCUAUUCUUAAACUAAUAGAGCACCCUCACGUUCUGAAGCUGCAUGAUGUCUAUGAGAAUAACAAAUACCUGUACCUGGUUUUGGAGCAUGUGUCCGGCGGAGAGUUAUUUGACUACCUGGUGAAGAAGGGCAGGCUGACCCCCAAAGAGGCCAGGAAAUUCUUCAGACAAAUCAUCUCCGCCCUCGACUUCUGCCACAGUCACUCCAUAUGUCACAGAGACCUGAAGCCUGAGAAUCUUCUCCUGGAUGAGAAGAACAACAUCAGGAUAGCUGACUUCGGCAUGGCCUCGCUACAAGUCGGGGACAGCCUGUUGGAAACCAGUUGCGGAUCUCCACAUUAUGCCUGCCCAGAGGUCAUCAGGGGUGAAAAGUACGACGGUCGCAGGGCAGAUGUUUGGAGUUGUGGAGUCAUCCUCUUUGCUCUUCUUGUGGGUGCCUUGCCCUUUGACCACGAUAACCUGCGGCAGCUUCUAGAGAAAGUGAAGAGCGGGGUGUUCCACAUGCCUCACUUUAUACCUCCCGACUGCCAAGCGUUGCUCAAAGGAAUGAUAGAAGUCAGCUCUGAUAAGAGACUCACGCUAGAAGCAAUACAGAAACACCCCUGGUACCAGGGUGGUCGUAACGAGCCCUGCCCGGAGCAGCCGCCUCCUCGCCGGGUGUGUGUGAAGAGGAUCCUGUCCCUAACAGACCUGGACCCUGACGUCCUGGAGAGCAUGUACUCGUUAGGCUGCUUCAGAGACCGGGUCAAACUCACACAGGACCUUACAAGUGAGGAGGAGAACCAGGAGAAGAUGAUCUACUACCUCCUGUUGGACAGGAAGGAGCGCUACCCCAGCUGUGAAGACGAGGAUCUGCCGCCCAGGAAUGACCUGGACCCACCCAGGAAGCGUGUGGACUCCCCGAUGCUGACGCGCCACGGCCGCUGUCGUCCAGAGAGGAAGAGCCUGGAGGUCCUCAGUGUCACAGAGCAGGGGUCUCCCACCCCACCUCGCAGGGCUCUGGACACUAAUGCACACAGCCAGAGGUCUCGUUCAGUCAGCGGAGCGUCCACAGGUCUGUCCUCCAGUCCUCUCAGCAGUCCCAGGAGCCCGGUCUUCACUUUCAGCCCAUCUGAAGUCACCUCCGCUUCCUCCUCCAAAGACCCCAAACCAGGAAGUGCCACCACCUCUCGGCCCACCCGCCCAGCACCAGACCCCAAAACACAGACCCUGCCCUCAAAGGGCCCCGCUGACCGUCCCCAGCUCCACUCCAUGAAGUCCCUCCCCCUUCAGACUCCACGCUCCCCCUCCCCAUCACCUUCCCCUCUCCUCUCCCCCAUCCCACGCUUCUUCAACUUCCCCUCUCCAUCUGUCUUCAAGUCUAAGAACGUCCACUCGUCCUCUAACUCCUCUGCCACCCCUCCCCCUGUGUCGCAGGUCACGCCGCAGGGCUCACCGCUGCCCACCCCGCUGGGCACGCCUGUGCACCAAAUCCAACACCCUUCCUCCACCACCCCUCCCUCCUCUUCCUCCUCGUCUUCUUCUUCCAGAGCGGACGGAGCCGGCGGGGCCUCGCUCUCGUUGACGCCGCCCUCCAGCCCCGGUGGCAGUGGCGGUCUGGCAGCCUCGAGCUCCGCCCACUGGAGAACAAGGCUCAACUCGUUCAAAAACAACCUGCUGGGCUCGCCACGCUUCCAUCGGCGCAAACUGCAAGUCCCCACAUCAGAGGACAUGUCCAGUUUGACUCCAGAGUCCAGUCCAGAACUGGCGAAGAAGUCCUGGUUCGGUAACUUCAUCAGCCUGGAGAAAGAGGAGCAGAUCUUUGUGAUGAUUCGAGACAAGCCGCUCAGCUCCAUCAAGGCCGACAUCGUCCACGCCUUUCUCUCAAUCCCGUCCCUCAGCCACAGUGUGGUGUCUCAGAACAGUUUCCGGGCAGAGUACAAAUCCUCCGGCGGCCCCUCGGUCUUCCAGAAACCUGUCAAGUUCCAAGUGGACAUCGCUUUCUCCGAGGGAGACAGGGAGCGAGAGAGGGAACGAGCAGAGAGGGAAGGAAGACGAGAGAUGGGCAUCUACAGCGUCACCUUCACUCUAAUAACAGGUCCCAGUCGCAGAUUUAAGAGAGUGGUGGAAACCAUUCAGGCUCAGCUGCUGAGUACUCAUGAUCAGCCUUCUGUGCAGGCACUGGCUGGCCCCUCAGAUGAGAAGAACGGUCAGCUUUCCCGCCAGCCCAGCACUCCUUCUCGCCAGAACUCCCGGCGUUCCGAGAGCGGAUCGGAGCGGGAGCGGGGGGAGAAGGAGCGUGUGGCAGACGGGGGCAGCGGAGGGAGCGGGAGCAGCAGCGGGACGUCCUUACAAAGGCGAGGGUCGGGGAAAGACAAGACCAGACUCCUGUCGUCGUCCAACGGGACGCAGUCUCAUCCCUGAAAAGAAUGUUGUGGAAGAGAGGCGAGGGUCGUCCGCCUGGCCUUUUUCUCUUCCUCCCCUCAGUCCUUCCCCACAUUCUUUCCUUCCCUACUCCCUUACUUCCUGCCUUGCUUCCCGCCAUGAUUCCAAAGCAAUGGGAUGGAGGAGGGGGAAGUUUUCCCUUGAAGCUGAUACGACAGAGAUUCCCCACACAGCAGAAAUGUAUAUUAGUGGGGGCGGCAGAGGAAGGUGGUCUCUAGUUAGCCUUCAAGGGCAGCUUCACCCCGCAGUCUGAAGACAGGAUGUCUGAAAAGUCCCACCGUACCAGAGAAAUACAGGAAAAGCUCACAGCGAGGUAAACACGUAGUUCAAGAAAGCACAUGACCUUCUCACCGACCAAUCACACGCAACAUGAAUCCAACAGGAGACCUCUCGUCAGUCAGUCAGAACGGCACAGGAAGUCACCGUCCAACAGCAGAGCCCCUUAACUCUCAUUGUCACCUGUCACCUGGAUCAUCAAGUCUCCUCAGCACCAAACACGAUGACAGGAAGUCCGCUCUCCUCCUCCUCCUCCUCCUCUCAGCUGAAGAGUUCUCAAGCAAAGCAACACUAUGAGGACGUGUUGAAGACAGAUGUUCAGAAAGAGUCUGGAUUUAGACGCGAUUGUUAAAGUGGAUCUUUAGAUGUUUAAUAAUCAGGAGUCUGAGAGCAGAGAGAAGUCAGAGAGUGAAUCUGACGUGGGCUACGUCAUGUCGCCCUACAGCUCGGUGAAUUUCAAAAUAAGACGAGUUUCCUUCAGUGUUUGAGAGGAAGCAUAAACCCCCACAAUUAUCUUUGAAUUCCACUGAUAAAGCUAUGAUACCGUAUUGCCUUUAACGGAGGAGAAAGUGGAUAGGUAGUUAGAUUUAGCCCCAUUUUAAGGACACACGUCACACCACAGGUAGAAUGUCUCAGAGUGGAAACUCCCACAGACGGAGAUGAACAGAUAGAUGGAGACGAAGCAGAGCAUAGUUAGAAACAGGAGCAGCCUAGAUCUUAAAAUAACGUAUGCUGCAUUUCCGCUGCGUGACACGGCACGACUCUACGCAUCUCGACUCUGUCUUGAAGUUGUGGAUCGUACCUGAUACUUGUUUUGGUCCCACCUCAGUUCAAAGCGAGCAGAGCUUAUAUUUAAAGGUGGAGUUAAAACACUGAAAACCGCUGAUUGGUCAGAGAGAAAUGUCACUAUAACUAUAAACUAUAAAAAACAGUUUGAAAUGAGGCAUGACCAAACCUCUGCAUCAUUUUGAGAAUAUUUUUGCUAAUUUUUGAAAUUGAAAUUCUGAUUAAAACGCUUUAACACCCAGUACGUUCGUGUGCACAGUGAAGUGGAGCUACAGUUCCAGCUGGACGAGGACAUAUAACUGGCCUACUGUCCUUGUC